AAGCCAGGAGCGCCACGCAUGCGCUCAUGGAGUAAGGCGCUGGAGCUGCGAAGCUAGGGAGGGUUGACUAAGAAGAGGCUCUUGGGGCGAAGCUCUUUUCCCCUCUCCUUCCCCCCCCUCCCUCCUGAAAAAGCGGGCGGGGUGGGGAGAGAGAGAGAUGUAGGAGGCCUCGGAGAAUUCCACGGUCCUUUUAUGCAGGGGCAAAGGCAGCCGCUUCCUACAGGCUGGGUGAGUCCAUUCCGCGCCUAGGGGGGGAGUGGAGAAGGUUUGCGGGCGUUUCUAUUUCUGCGGAGGGGUGUGGCCGCAAGGGCUAGAGUGCCGUGGCCGGUCAGUUUACGACGGCGGGGCUGGCGUUUUAUUGCGGAUCUGCCUUUGCUCCCGGGAGGGACAGAAGGGGCAGGCCGGAGAAAUGUGGGCGUCGCGUUAUUUUUGCCCGUUAUGUGGCAUAAAUUAACGGUGGUGCUCCAUUGCAAGGGAGCCUACCUUGCAAAUAGAGUAGUGGGCGCAGGGAGCUAGCUGGGAAUAAGAGGCUGCUGGUAAAAUGGCUCCCACGACCUUUAAUUAAAUGGGGGGGGGGGCGUGCAAGUGUUAUUUCAUAAAGUAUACACGGCCUCGGUCUCGUUCCUUUUCAAAACGACCCCAGGAGGCAUGUGGUCCCUGUUUAAACCGAUGGGAAACUAAGGCCAAAAGACUGCCAGUGAAUCUACUGCUGAACAAGAAUAUAUUCUUCCCGGCUAUACCGGUUGUAGUUGCCUUUUUAAGAGUUGCCAGCUUCUUUUCUUACCAGGGCUCCUGUGCAUUUAAAUUGGAGAACGGUUGUCAGGCAUUUAACACUUUAAAAUGGAAAGGGUGUCUGUUGAGAAGAGAUGAGUUCUGAUUUUUGUGUGUGUGUAAAUGUACAAGAGCCAUGCCACAAGCAAAAUAGUUUUCAACUCUUGCUGGCAUUGUAGGAAGUUGCUGCUUCUGUGUUUGUUAGAUUGACCCCCCCAAGUACCUAUUCUCCUUUAAGAAGGGAUUGGAGUAGGAUUCUUUCUCCCCAUCCCCCAAGAUUAUUAUUAUUGCGGUAUUUGUAUCCUGCCUUUCCUACACAGAGCUCAAGGUGGUGUGCCUGGUUAUCUAUCCACUCUUCAUGUAAUAUUCACAACAACCCUGUGGGGUAAGCUGAGAGACAGUGACCGGCUCAAAGGCACCCAGCAAACAUCAUAGCUGAGUGGGGACUUGAACUUUGGCCUGUCAGGUCCUGGUCCAGCACUAACCACUACACCACACUGCCUCUGGUUUCUGUGCUGCUUCAACAUAAAAUGCUCCCCAUUUACUCAAGAGUGUCCCCAGCCAUGGUGGAAGGUUGGGCUCUGGCAAAUGGCCCAUGCUAGUUGGAGACACUUUCCUUGUCCAUUCCAGCUUCUCAUCAAGGACAAAUCAGACAAUAACUGGGCUUUUCCUCUUUGAAGGUGCCAUCUGCUGGCUGCCAGCAUGCCUACCCUGGAACCUGAGCAACUGACCAUCAGAGAAAUGAGAGAGGAGGAGACACCAAUUGUCUUGGAGCUUCUGAAGGUGAGAUGGGCUUCUGAGAGAGGUGGUGGAGAGCCCAGGCUAUAUAAGCACUCUCUUUCCUUCCUUUCUAGAGACUUAUGGAAUGUGUCAUUUAAUAGGAACCUUCCCUUGAAGUGGGGAAGGCAGUUUGGUGUUCUCCAGAUGUUGUGGACUACAACUCCCUUCAUCCUUUACCCCUGGCAAUGCUGAUGGGCUGGUGAGAGUUGUAAUCCACCAAACUGAAGGACAUUGCAUUGUCUACUUCAGGGUCAGCAAACUUUUUCACCAGGGGGCUGGUCCACUGUCCCUCAGACCCUGUGGGGGACCGGACUAUAUUUUUUUUUGGGGGGUGGAAAUGAAUGAAUUCCAAUGCCCCACAAAUAACCCAGAGGUGCAUUUUAAAUAAAAGGACACAUUCUACUCAUGUAAAAACACCAGGCAGGCCCCACAAAUAACCCAGAGAUGCAUUUUAAAUAAAAGAACACAUUCUACUCAUGUAAAAACACGCUGGUUCAAAAGACCGUCCACGGGCCGGAUUUAGAAAGCGAUUGGGCCAGAUCCGGCCCCUAGGCAUCAGUUUGCCUACCCAUGGUCUACUUCAUAUUUUAGAGCAGUUGCACAUUGCAAGGGAACUAUGUGUGUGUGUGUUCUAGGAAGCUGUUUCAGUUCGUUUAGGGCACAUACUUCCCAAACUUGGGCUGCCAGCUGUUUUGGGACUACAAUUCCCAUCAUCCCUGACCACUGGUCCUGCUAGCUAGGGAUCAUGGGAGUUGUAGUCCAACAACAGCCAGAGAGCAAAGUUUGGGAAACACUGAUUGGGGUAACUAAGAAGCCUAAUCAGUGUCCCAAAUAGGAAGCCUUCUAGAACAGCAUCUUCUGCAAAGCGCAGAACUCCUCAACAGACAACUUGGAAUGGGCAGGGAUGUUUGAAAACCACUGAACUGGAAUUACUGGUUCUGCAUGCAACUUUAUUUCCUGAUUGUGAUGCUGGCACUUCUGUUUUCUUGCAUUCCUUUCACACUGCAGUAACCUGUUGCAAAGGUGGUUUUUUUUUUACUGAUAUUUCACGCUAAAUUUCAUUGACAGCAGUGAGUGUGGUGUGACACAACAACGAAGGUUACUGAACACUGCCACUCCUCCACCACCCUUUCCGCACAUGCAUGCUUCUGUUCUCCCAUGAUUUACCCAUGAAAACAGUAGGAAAGAUCUUUAUGCUGGCAUACUGCCUCUAUUUUUGUCACUUUACACCUACAGUUUUCUGGCUUAUUGGGGUUGCAAACAGAUUUUUUAUGAAAGCAAUUAACAUGGAAAUGAGCACUAAACUUUACCAUAUUCUGCUAGAUUUCCAGAAGCAGCUUUUACAUAAUGUAAAAGCACAAAUAUAAUGCAGAAAUUAGAGAAACAGAAUAAACUGCUGUGUGAAUGCAGCCCACUCUUUCUGCCACAUCCACUCUGAUUUUUUUUUUGGGGGGGGGUUAACUGAGCAUAUUAAACCUAGAGAGAGAGAAAAUUGAGGAGAUGUUUGCAGCAUAAAAAAAAAUUAAAGGGAAUUUGGCAAGAAGAGGAGCUGCAUUUGAUGAUACUUACCUCUAAGGGUUGGGCAAUAAGCAAUUGUGUUACUGUGUUAUUUAUCCCACAGUUAAACACUAGAAAGAAAAUUCCCUCCACACUUAAAGACUGGGAAGAAAAUUUCCUAAGGGAAAGAAAGCGUGGUUCAAUCCACUGGCUGUAUCUCAAUUCCAAUGCUCUUAUGUCGAGGUUCCUUGUUUCCCACUAGGGCUUGCAUUAUAGAAAAGCUGGGUAGAACAACUUUCGUAUCUGCAGGACAGUUCUGCUUUCAGUGUGGCUCUUGUCUCCCCAGCCUUUUCUUAGCUCUGUGCAAGUUGCUACAGACAUCAUAGAAUUCCCCUCCUUGUACGUUUUCAGGUAAAGUGAAGGAUAAGCAUUUGUUUAGAGAUACACAACGCAUCCCUGGUCCCUCAUAGCUGUAUAUGGUCCUUUACUUCAUAUCCCUUUCUAUUUUCCACCAGGAUGGAUUCAAGGAUACAGAGAACCGCCUGAUCCUCUAUGUGCUGACACGGCCUCUGGCUUUGCUGCUGAUGGCGGUGGUGAGCAGCGGCCUGCGUUUCUUCCUGAACUCGUUUGUGGUGGCUCUCGUGCUGCCGGUCCUGCUCACCGUGGUGGCUCUGAAGCUUCUGCUGUGGCGCUCGCCAGACUUGAGGCACCUGCAUGCCUACUACAGCGCAGGGCAGCGCGGGCUGUGGGUGGCUGUAUACGACGAGGACGACGUGUGCGGCUGCGUGGCUCUGGAGCCCUGUGGCGGGGAACCACGCACGGCAGAGCUCAAGCGCCUGGCUGUGAACCGGUGGUACCGGCGCUCUGGUGUGGGCCGCUCCCUCCUCAGCUUCCUGGAGGCUCACGCUCGCGCCCAGGGCUUCAAAUUCUUAGUGGCCCAGGUCUCGGUAGUCACCAAGGCAGCGAUUGGGCUCUUUGAGAGCACUGGCUACAACAUGAGUGGUGGGCGGCGGUGGCUGGGCUACACCAUACAGCAGGAGUUCAGCAAGGAGCUCUAGUUGGUCUGCCUGCCAGUUAGCCACUAGUCUUGAGGAAUCCCUGCCCGCCCCCUAAAUGUGGGGAAAGCACCAAGCUCCAGAAGCAAGACUGCAGGGAACAAGUCAUCUCUUAAGCCCCCAGACAGGGCAGUUCCUCUCAACAAAAGUGGCUUUCUCUGCCUGGAAAAUCAGACACUGUAGCCAUGGACACAGAGCUAAGCAGGGGAAAGGGUUGUCCAUUAAGAGCCUUCUCCCCGGUCUGCCACAUCACUCAGGCUCCCUGUCAUUUAGAGUUUUCUACCAAAGCCACCCCAGAUUAUCUGUCCAUAGUUUUGAAGAGUGGAAAUAACCAAUAGUUAGUUGUUGUCCCCCACCCCAUGCCCUGCCUCUGGUCAGACUCUACACCAAACACAUUCAAAUCUUAGACCAGGGUAAACCUCAAAUUCUAGGACUUGCAUAAACACUGCAUAUCAAGCAAACCUGGAUUUCUAUACAGUGCAGUUGGCGUGAAUGGCAUUUUACAGAACAUGAGAGGGCAGGGCUCUAUGCCAAGGAGCUUUAUUUAUUUAUUUGCUAUGCUUUAUUUAAUAAUAAUGAUAAUUUUAUUAUUUAUACCCCAUCCAUCUGGCUGGGUUGUUGUAUAGCCUUGCCCUAUUCUACUGUCUUUUUGUGCAUUUGGAACUUCAUGGGGAGGAAUGCUUUUUGUGUGUGGGUGGGUGGUGGUGCAUAUUUUAGGAAUAUGCACAGGUGUGUGUGGACAACUUUUCUGCUUGCUCCAAAUCUCCCCCUCCCUCCCAAGCUGCUUUUCCUUAAAAAAGAGCUGCUGGGGUUCUGUUACACUCAUUUCCAUGCAACAUGCAGUUUGACUUACAAGGUGGCAAAUGGCACCUUGUUCUCUGUUGGAUUUGUACAGCUAUCAAACUAGGUAGAUUCGAGGAUGAUCCAUUCAGGGCUUUAUAGGUCAAGGCUGAUCCUGUCAACUGUGUCUCUAUACGCACAUGGGUUUUUUUUGACGGUAUCAUUGCAGCUGACAGGGACUUUGCCUCUAUGGAGCCUUUCAGCUUCCUCCUGAGUCCCGGGACUUGGGGUCUGAAGAGAGAGAACCUCUUCCAUGUGGCUUCUGGAUCCCAGUUCCUCCAGAGGCUGAAGCAAUUGAUAAAACUGUGGAUUGGCUGUGAGGUGGGUGGGAAUCACAUGUCCAGCUCCCAGCUCCCAACUCAAGUCAUCCUGGGCUUGCAGCAUCUCUGUGUGUGCACCCCACUCCCCAAGAGGACACAGCAGACUGGAGACUCUUAUGAUAAGGCAAUUCAGGGAAAUCUAUGAUAUCGCUGUAGAUAAAUAUGUCUUGCUGACGGCCUGUGAUUAUGAGUGGGAAGAAGUGGCUGGACCCAGGGGUGUAGUUCAUAAUACAGAAAUGCACCCUGCAGCCCUCUGGAAUGAAUCCCUGUGGGUGGGGACUGGGUUACCUGUAUUGGGUGUAGAGGAGAUACUUUGCUUUCAUUAUAAGUGCUCUCAAUAUGAGCCAUUUCUGUUUCCCCACAGGAGCGACCCCUAAAGAAGGAGCAGGGAGCAAUGGCUCAUUUCUUUUUAACAGGAGGAUGAGGAUUUCAUCUGGAAACCACCUUCCUUGGAAAAGUUGGGCCAUUGGAUGAGGGGGGGAAAAUCUCCACUACCCCCCACCCCACCCCACAAAUAAAAAGCUUGCCUACCCUAGUGUGUCUAGAGGAAAUGUAUUUUCCCAAAGUGGAUGAAAACUGGGAAAUGGGCUUGAAGUGUGAGGGUGAUAAAACAUGUCCACAAAGAUUAGAUCUUUAUAUGUGGAGAACCCAGAGGGGAAAACUUGUGAUACAGAGAGUUGUUACACCAAAGGUCAAAUGGCAUAUGUGUGUGAAUAUGUACAGGAACGGGCUUCCCCAGGUUUAUGUAAUUUAAAACGGGGGUAGAUGUUCCUCCAUUUAAGAAAUGAAUGGUGGGUAGGGAGAGGGAGGAAUCCAAAUGGGUGGUGAUUUGGAGAGGGUUUCAAAACACUGGAAAGGAAUGACUUUUUGUAUGUGUGUAUAAAUAAAUAUUUAGAUGGUUUUAAUUAAAUAGUUUUAAUGACGGGCAGUCCAGUUAAACUCUGUGUAAACCUCAUUGGCGGACGAAGGUUAAGAUUAGAAAUUAAUUAAAUACACAUUUUAAAACAAUCUGAAUGG